AUCGGCAAAAUGCUUGGUGAGGGAGGAUUCGGCUGCGUCUAUGAAGGGAAACGCUUGGAGGAUGGCCUUGAGGUGGCCGUGAAAAUUGCCUGCAAGCCAAGGAACAUGAAAUACAUCUAUGUUCCUGGGCAUCCCGCACCCCUUCCGUUAGAGAUCGGCCUUUUACUCCUUGUUAAUAAGGAGCCCAGAGUUCCAGAGAUCAUUCAGCUGCUGGACUGGCAGGACCAGCCUGAACGUUACAUCAUGGUCUUGGAAUGUCCGUCACCCUGCAAAGAUCUGUGGGAUUAUACAAUGCUUCAGGGAGGCUUCCUCAGCGAGGACACAGCACGGUUUAUCAUGACGCAGGCAACAAUGGCCGCCCACAUGUGCUGUCAACGAGGAGUAUUUCACCGGGACGUUAAGCUGGAGAACCUGCUGAUCAACCCAGAAACGCUUGAGGUCAAACUGAUUGACUUCGGGUGUGGGGAUCUCCUGCAAGACUCCGGCUAUGAACGAUUUUGUGGCACACCAGAGUACUGCCCGCCUGAGUACUACGUGGACCACAAGUACCAUGGGAAACCAACUACUGUAUGGUCUCUGGGAGUUCUAUUGUUCAUGUUGGUGUGUGGACACUACCCAGAACCCAGAGACAUAGAGAUGAUUGAUUAUGGGAUCUGGUCUAAGCCUGACUUGUCGAACGAUUGCUGCCACCUGAUUCGGUCCCUGCUGAAUGAAAGCCCAAGCCAGCGGAUUGAUUUGGGGGAAAUCCUUUUACAUGAAUGGUUUAAGGUCACCAAACAGACAUGA